AUGCUGCAGGUGCUGUGGGAGUGCCGCUGCUCGGCGACGCGGCCGGGCGACCUGCUGGCGCUCGUGGGCAGCCACGAGCGCCUGGGCCACUGGUCACCCCACAAGGCAGUGGUCUUGACCACUGACGCGGCUUCCUUCCCCACCUGGCGCUCCCCCCCCCUGGCCUUCCCGGGGCCCCCCGGGGGGCCCCCCGGGGGGCCCCUGUCGCUGGAGUACAAGUUUCUGAUAUUGCGGGCCGGGGGGGGGGUGGAGUGGGAGGCCUUCAGCAGCAACAGGAGGGCCUCCUUUCCCGCCAACUGUCUCUCCAGAGUCCAGAACGUUUGGGGCUCUCUUGCUGCUGCUUCGGUGACGGCUUUUCCGCUGUCUCCCGACUGCUGCGCUUCGCGCGGUGUACGUACACCCGAGCAGCAGCCGGCUGCGCAGACACCCGAGUGCGGUGUACGUACACCCGAGCAGCCGGGUGUGCGGACGCCCGAGCAGCCGGGUGUACGUACACCGCGGGAGGGCGCCGGCGACUGCAAAGGGCUCUCCGACGCGGAGGACGGCUUCGGGGCCCCGCCCCCCCCCGCUGCUGCUGCUGCUGCUGCUGCUGCUGCUGCUGCUGCUGCUGCUGCUGCUGCUGCUUCGCUGCCGCCGACUGCAGCAGCCGACGAGGCCGGCGGCGGCCUCCGCCCCGCCCUCAAACGCUCCGCCUUCAUCCUCGCCAACACCGGCCCCAUCUCCGACUACUACCUCAUGGACAAGACCAUUGGGCGGGGGACUUGGGGGGAGGUAAAGCUGGUGGUGGACAAGCAAACUAAGGCCCGUCGAGCCGCAAAGAAGAUCCCGAAGUGUUACAUCGAAGACGUGGAGAGAUUUCGGCAAGAAAUAGAAAUAAUGAAGAGUUUGGACCAUCCAAACAUAGUUCGACUCUUUGAAACAUUUGAAGAUGUCUCCGACUUUUAUUUAGUGAUGGAGUUCUGCGGCGGCGGGGAGCUCUUCGACCGGCUGAUCGCUUCGGGUGUACUGACAGAGCGGCUUGCAUGCGCCGUCAUGAAGCAAGUGCUUGCUGCAGUUGCUUAUUGCCAUUCCCACAGAGUGGCGCACAGGGACUUGAAGCCGGAGAACUUUCUCUUUUUGAAUCAGCAGCAAAACUCUCCGAUGAAGUUAAUCGACUUCGGACUUGCUGCCAAGUUCAAACCCGGACAACCCAUGAGAACCAGGGCCGGCACGCCCUACUACGUCUCCCCGCAGGUGCUGGAGGGUCGCUACGGUCCGGAGUGCGACGUGUGGUCGGCUGGGGUGAUGAUGUACAUUUUAUUGUGCGGCUAUCCGCCUUUUAAUGCUCCUUCGGAUCGGGGAAUUAUGAAUAAAGUGAGGACAGGCCACUACACUUUUCCGGAGGCGGAGUGGGCUCGGGUGUCUCUACAGGCCAAGGACCUCAUCUCCCGCCUGCUGGACAGACACCCCAGGACCCGCAUCAGCGCCGAACAGGCCAUUCGCCACCAGUGGUUCAACAUGCACCUCCCCGACAGCCUGGACACACAGCCCCUAGGAAUAGACAUUCUGAGCAAGUUCCGCCGGUUCCAGAGCCUGAGUCGGCUGAAGAAGCUGGCGCUGACGGUGAUAGCGCAGCACUUGGACGACUCGGAGAUCGAAAGUCUGAAGAAAGUCUUCACGCAACUCGACUCGAGAGGCGACGGAGUUCUUUCUCUGGACGAAGUCCGCGAGGGGCUGCGCCGCGGCGGCGUGCUGCUGCCGCCGGACUUGGUGCUGCAGGAGGUGCUGCGGGGGGUGGACACCGCAGCAACUGGCUGCAUAGAUUAUACGGAGUUCAUUGCUGCUUGUCUCCACCAGUCCCACUACAUCCGCGAGGAGGCCUGCAGGGCCGCCUUCCGCGUCCUCGACAUCAACGGAGACGGACACGUCAGGUCCGCUCUUGCUGCUGCUGCUUCCUUUCUUCCCAUGAGUUAA